AUGGACGAGCUCACGUAUCGCCGCGAUGCCAUCGCGAAGAGUCUAACAAAAUAUUACGAAACCCUCGCCCGAGCAUGUUACUUCUCGCCAACCGACAUCCAGUCGCCUCCACCAGAAGGUUGGAGUGACUCUGAGCUCGACAUUGACGCUCUUCGUUCCUUGGGCCGUUCCGACAAGGCCAUCGACUUUCUUAGGCAUCUCCCGUACAUUAAGCCAUUGAAAAACAGCAAUAUUCCGAUACAAUGGCCUGUUCUCAUUCGUUCACGAGCGAUUCGUUACCUGCAGGAUGGCGGUGACUUCAGCAAGUGGUCAUCCCGUGGUGAGGAGGGACUGUCCGAGUUGUCAUGUUUAUCUUCCGUCGAGCCCUUCGCUGGGCUGGUUGGUUUGCCUCCUCAUGAAGUUUCUCUCACCACUGAUUACGGCAGUGGCUUCAUCGAUUCAAUCUCUGUAGGCCAGCCUCGAUGCAUUAUCGACUGCGAAAAGGGCGUCCUGCCAUCAGAGGCUGCCAGGUCAUUACGGACUAUAGGGGGGGCAUUCAUGGAAGAUACCCAAGAUGCUGCUGCGCUUUUUGAAGAUAUGACUUCCAAACUGCUGGGCGGCAAUCACCUUGCGCUACCACCUAUAGAAGACUACGAGCCGGAGAUCAUGAGCCCCCUGGGCGAUGACCUCAUGGGAGAGCUUUGGAAACGAAUCGAGUGGAUCUAUAAGUCGCACGGGUGGUAUAGUUACGAUAAUGAUCCAUCAAUGUGGCGGCGUGACGAGUGUCUGAUCAAGUUGAAGGAAUUCCGCACGCUCAUGUGGGAGGCUGACAAGAAAAAGGUGGAAUUCGAACAGAAUCUCGAUGAUGAUGACGACGAAAACUACCAGGGCAACGACAUGUGUGAAGACAAAGAAAGUAAAAGAUCAUCUGUUGAUGAUUCAGACGAAGAGCUGAACUCGGAGCUAGAUAUCAGCGACAUUGCAACAGAAGAUUUAGAAGCAGAGCUUGCUGAACUUCUCGCAGACCAAAAUGAGCCAUCUAUGGAGGUAGAUCCAAACUACUCAGAAAUUGUACACUACGACUAUAGCCGCGAUGCUGCCGUGGACGUUGUUGAGCGAUACUACAAGUUGCUAUCUCACAUGGCAUACUUUCCGCCGGACCUUUUGGAGUGCGCGCCAGAAAGUGGCUGGUGCAAUGACAAGUUCCCUUUAGAGAAACUAGUCAGGCUUGGGUACUCGGAUAAGGUUAUCGAUCUGCUUAGGUAUCUGCCUUAUUUGGCACGCGACAAGUACCACUGGCAAUUGUUUAAAGACAGCGAACCUAAGCGCUAUCUCAACGAUGCCAGACCCUUUGCGAAAAUACCAACCGAGAGGCUCAACAGAGAAAAGCUUUACAAGUUUAAGCUUUCGCCUUACAAAGAUUGUGUCUUGCCUCCAGAAAUGGUGGUGAUAUCGGCAUCGGCAGACGGUGUAUGGGGCUCUUGGCUUCUUUUAAACACGGAAACAGGGGCACUCUACAUUGAAAGCUUGUCCAACCGCAAGUCUUGGGAUCCCCCGGAAAGUCAGCCGUGGCUGCGCAACCAAGCAGUCCCCAUAGUACCCUUCUUUGAGGAUCUCAUUUACCGUGCACAAUCGCUCGAGAUUGUUCCGGUACCAGGUGAAGAUCUAGAGCUGAAUCUCAUGCCUGGGAUAUGGGCUGAGCCAGACUGGUUCCUGGGACGCAAAGUGCUGGCCAGGAUGGGAACUAUGGACCAAAGAAUUCUCAUUCCUAACGGAAAGAGAUGGGGAAUCGAGGAUGCGCGGAGAAUGUAUCGUCGGUUUCAUUGGCCUGAUCUGGAGAACUUUCGCAGGGAUGAGUGCUUAGAGGCACUUGCACAAUUACACCAUGACCUUGUCUAUCCGCGCAAGAAUGCCAAAGAUGAGGUGUGA